AUGUCAAGGCGUUCAUACAUAGCAAUCGCCGUAGUAAUAGGUGUGGGAGUGGGCGUGAUGUCCGCCUACUACUAUGGAGGAAGCAGAGACACCAUACAAAAGGUCUAUAUCAUGCCAAAAGUGGACAAAAAUCCAGGAACUCCGGUCCAUUCUGUAAACAACUACAUUAAGAAACCAGGUGUGAAAGGUUCAGCACCCAAACAACCAGGGGUAUUUAAGCCUAAAUCAGAUACCAACUGUAUUGUGACGAUUCCAGAAAAAUACACAUCGAAUGGAGAAGAACCUUUUAAAAUACCAAACGAAAGUGAACUCUUAUCCCUUCCUGAUAACAUCGUCAGGUGUUUAUACCACCGCUAUGUGACCACUUUGCAGUAUUUCUGUGGUUAUAAACAACGUUUUGGUCAAAUUCCCAGAAACGGGUGGUACAUUUGCUCGGACCCAGCCUUUGCUCCAAAAAAUAAUUGUGUUGUUUUUUCCUCCAACAAGAAGUUUACGGACAAUUUUUUCUUGUCCGAUAUAAAAGCAAGGUAUCGUUGUCGAACGUUUACCACCCCGCUUUCCCAAACCAAUUCUCUCCAAGGCUGGAUUACGAAGACAAAUACAUCGAAUGAUAUAAUUGAUGUACUUACCCUUUCAGUAAGUACUUAUCCCGAGUUGGAGAUAAUUGAUAAAAUGGUGAAGGAGCGGUCCAUUGGAAGAGUGAAACAGCUACUGUUGGAACUCCAUUUCGAUCCUGCAGUGAUGAAAAAGUCAGAUUAUGUGACACUUCUAAAACGUUUAAAAAUGCUCUUUGGAGCAGGUCUGCGUAUAAUAUGGUUCGACAGACUCUUUCAGUGCGCAUCAACCAACAAAUAUAAUAGAUGUUACGCAGUCUAUUUUGUUCAAAAAUCGUUAGCAGAUACAACAAAAAAGUUCAAAGAAAUGAGUUUACCCUCAGAGGACAAUAUUCGCCGAAUGAAUGGGUCGUACAUUUCAGAUUUAUACUACAAAUACUUAAUGACAACUCAGUUCUUCUGUAAACAGGUCGUACGGAUUGGGAGGGUGGUUGACGGAGGCUGGAACGUUUGUCAUGACAUGAUCCUAAAAACUGACGUCAACCGAUGUAUCGUCUAUUCGUUUGGUAUAAACCACGAUUUCUCCUUCGACGAUGACAUGGUCCGAACAUACAACUGCAAUGUAUACUCAUUUGACCCGACGAUGAAAAGGGAAAAUCAUAAACAUUCAAGAAAAGUUUGGUUUUAUAACAGAGGUAUAGGGGGUGAAUAUCGUAAGUAUGGUACUGGUGAUAUUGCGCCGCUGAACAAAAUAAGAAAAGAUCUUAAUCACGAGAAGGUCCCCAUAACUGUCCUUAAAGCAGACACAGAGGGUGCCGAAUGGCCAUCGACACCACAAAUGUUACGAACUAACCAACUGUCGGACGUAUCACAGUUUUACCUGGAACUUCAUUCAUAUGGAAUGGUGGCAGCUCAUUUGAUACUUCUUAAACAAUUACAUGAAGCUGGCUUUCGUUUAUUCUGGUUUCACACAAACCCAUCAUGUGUAAUAAGAUACAAGAAAAGGCAACGCACGGGGUGUAUGGAAGUUUAUUUUAUUAACACACGAUAUCCAUUUACGAUUUAG